AAUUUUUAUUGCGCGACGAUAACAUAACGGUACAUAACAAUGUGAUUAGUAUAAUUUUAAUGUACAAGGUUAAAUUAUAUAUCAAACAUUUUUUGUCUUAUUAUGACUUCUUUGUUACAACAAUAUAAAUUUGAAUGCCGAGUUAGUUCGGUUUUAAAUAAAAAUAAUCAAUCUUAUGGGAAAAAUUAUAUGUUUGAUAAUUGUCCUGAAACAUGUUGGAAUUCCAAUUCGGGAACUCCACAAUGGAUAAUUAUUCAUUUUAAACAUGAAUGUGAAGUAAGUUCAUUUGAAAUUGAAUUUCAAGGUGGAUUUGUUGGCAAAGAUUGUCAUUUAGAAGUUGGUGACAAAGAAACUAAAUUUUAUGAAUCAUUUUAUCCAGAAGAUAAAAAUACAAUACAAAUGUUUAAUUUGAAAAAUUCAAUCAAAGCAAAAACAUUUAAAUUUGUAUUUAAUGAAAGUACAGAUUUUUUUGGUAGAAUAAUCAUAUAUAAACUAUCUUUAUAUUCAUAACAUUUAUAUUUUUAUAAUAAUAUUUAUAAUAUGUAAAUUUUAUUAUAUUUUAAAUAAAAUAUAAUUAAAUGUUAA